GGUGCCGCGGCGGAGCGGGCGGCGAGCGGCGCCCGGCCCCGGAGCGGCUGCGAUGCGGGUCAGGAUGAUUUCGGCUGCCUCGGUCCUCGUCCUGCUCUUCCUGCCCUCGGAGACCUGCUCGCCCCUGCAGUGGCCCCGGGGCCCGGCCCGCCGCCUCGCCCCGGCCCCCCAGCCCACCUGGGAGCCCUGGCCAGGAGCCACGCGGCCCCCGCUGCCCGACGCCAGCCCCCCGGCCCAGAGACUGCCCCAGCUCUGCCCGCCCCACGGGGCAGAGCCCUCGGCGGCCCCCCGGGCCCAGCGGGCGCUGCACGCCGGCAGGCGGCGGGACGGCAAACCCAACUCCCUGGACCUCACCUUCCACCUGCUCCGCGAGUUCCUGGAGAUGUCCCGGGAGGAGAGACUGGCCCAGAAGGCGCUGAGCAAUAAGCUGUUGCUGCAAAGUAUAGGGAAGUGAGGGGGGGGGGAGGUUCAACGGAGACGCGCCCCACAGCAAGCGGCGGGGGGCUGGCCGCGCUCCCCGGGGCGGGGGGCGGCGUCCCCUCCGGGGGGGCCCCGCGCACCCUGCUGUCCCGCGCAUCCUCCUCCCUGUUCUGCAUUAAAGUCGCCCUCGCACCUGC